AUGAACAAAAUCUUUACGAAUUUUGAGCAGGAACAGCUUUCAAUCUCACUACUAGGGGGAAGCUUAGAAAUAAGAGAUUUAGACAUCAGAAAAGAACUCUUUGAGGAUUUAUCAUUUCCAAUAACCCUAAGUGAUGGGAUUGUGGGGAAAGUCAACAUAGAUUUUAUGUGGAGAAAAAUAUUUACUCAAGAGUUUGUGAAAAUCACUUUAGAUGAUGUUUAUGUGAUUUUUAAUACUACUGAUAUGAAGAAAUGGGAUAUAGAGAUGUUUGAAAAGAAUUGGAAAAGGGUUAAGACUAAUUUGUUGAGACAAGAUGAAUUCAUCACAUUCUUAAAAAGCAGUAUGGCUUCCAACUUUCUGAAGCAGUUUGGUCAUUUUUUUAUUUCAAAGAUUCAGUUUGAGAUCAAAAACAUCAAUUUCAGAAUCGAAAACUUGCUUUCAAAAUAUAUGAAGAGGUUUGUAAUUGGCCUUAGAAUAGACAAAAUUUCUAGUCGAAAUUGCAAUGAGUAUUGGAUUCCAGUAGACAAAUCUGGAGCGUCUAUUUUGGGACGGAGCACUGACAAAUCUCUUGGAUUGCCCCUAGAAACUGCUCAAGUUGCUGAUUCAGGAGUUCCGAAAAUUUCGAAUUCCUCCAAUAACCAAGGUUCUCACUCUAUUGCGAAAAGAUUCGAGUUGGAUGAACAAGAUGAAAUCACUAUAGAUUCUAUAGUAAAUAAACAUUUCAGAUCUAUAGAACCUAAAUUCAAAAGAAUGGAAGGCUCUGAUGAAGAUUCUGAAGUAGAUAACGAUGAAAAAGAUGAUUAUAACGAGCAGGAAAUCAUUUUGGAAAGUGUUUUAAUCGGAUCUAGAUUUGGAGAAAAUGGAGCUAAAGUUUCUGAGACCCAUGAUUUUUGGUAUAAGCUUAAAAAUAAGACUCCCUUGAGGUGGGUCUGGAACAGCCAUAAGUAUGAUCAAGAAACACAAUCUCCACAUAACCUUGAUUCAGAAAAGCAUCUGGAGCUAAGUGGAGAGAGAAAAUUAGCAGUAGAUCCUGGAACCAAAUCAGUAAGAACCGGGACUUGGUCUAACAAUGACUUGAUUUUUCCCCAUCCUAAUGGUACAGGAAUAAGUAGGGAAGUUAUUGAUAGUUUUAUCAUUGCAAAGGAGAAAAAAGAAAUAGAAAGAUAUAGUAAAGAAAAGUUAGUGCAAACUGAUAUUUUGGCCAAAAAAGAGAUAUUCCUCAAAUCUUUUCUAAUAGAAAACUUUUCUGUAUAUAUUGAUGAGAUUUCAACAUUUAACGAAACAAAACAUUCUCCUUGGACCAAUUUAAAAAAAUCAGAAUCACAAAUUUCAGACAGAAUAAGCUUCUUAAAGGGUAUAUCAGCCAAAGAAUCCGAUACCCAUAAUUUUAUUAUAUAUCCACAUAAGAUUGAGUUAAGAGCAAGAUUGGUGCCAUGUAUUAUCAGUUAUGAUGAGAAUAUAUAUGUUUCAGCUCUCAACGACAGGUUCUACAUUCUAUCUCAAGAUGAAGACAACCAGAUUAUUCCAAUGAUAUCAUUCUAUCUGAUUUUUGAUAACGUGAGUAUUGAAAUUACAGAAAAGCAACUCAAACUAUUAUUAGACUUUUUAGACUAUUCGGUAUUUCUAUAUGGGGACUUCUCAGCUGGUUCCUGUCCAAAGGACUUUGAGAAUUUUCCAAGUGAACAAUUCUGUAUUAAAUACAGACUUGCAUGGUUUGAUUUUCUUAUUGGAGAAAAAGAUAGAAAUUACUCAGAGAUUUGUAACAUAGAAGAAAGUUAUAAUGCUUAUUCUCUGAUUAAGCUUAGGAAUGAUGUCUAUAAAUGUCUUAAUUAUUCAAUUUACCACUCAGUAAAAUCGAUAUUUAGUUUUGACUUAGACAAAAAUGAAGGUAACUUUUUAAAGUUUCCUCUAUUUUCAAUUUUGGAAGGAAAAGAAAAUAGCUGUAGAGAUUCUUUUGGUGGCUUUUCAAACUUAAAUAAGUCUGUGAUGGUUAAUGAAAAAGAUAAGAUUAGUCAUAAUCUUGUUCAGUAUAUUAUUUCUAAAGUUGUUGUAGGACAGAAUGACCACUAUUCUGUAAGUCUUAAUAUGAAUGAAAACUCAGAGACAGGAGAACCAAGCAAAGACAGUAAUAUCAACAGUUAUACUGAAGAAAGAGGAAUUCUCUUAAGCAAGGAGGAAAUAAAGUUAAUUAAAGAAAGUGAAUUAUUAGGAAAGAUAAAGACAAAAACUAGAAACUUGUUAUCUGAGUGUGAACUACCUUUUGAGGUAUUGACUUUUGAUCUGAACUCCUACUUAAAGUCUGAAAAGGAUAAGAAGAAUAAUAGAUCUUACCAUACUUCUCCUUUUACACUGAUAUUAAAUGCUCAGAACUUAACAAUCAAUUAUUCAGUAAGCUUAAAUGACCAUAGCUCAGUUUUUAAAGGUAAGAAGAAUUUGAGAUUUAACUGUUUGGACUUAUAUUUUCAAUAUAAACUAUUUACUGAGUCCAAGAAAUCUGAGAUGACUGUUGCUGCUGAGAACUGUUAUAUGGUAGUACAUGAUGAUAGGGAAAUAGGGGUCAACUUAAUUAACAGCUCAAAUUGCUUACUUAGAAUCGGACCAAAUAUCCAAAACUCUCAAGCUUCUAAUAAGAAAGCUUUCAGUCAAUUAACAAAUCAUCCUAUACUACAUAGGUCUAGUAUUUAUACUGGUACCACUAUAUGUAGUAAAAGGCCUUAUAAGAUGUUUCUUGGCAACCAUGAAAACAAUAAGAUGCACGAGCCUUGUGAGAAAAUUGGAGGAUUCUGGAUAACUAUUAGACUAAAUAAGAAUCUCUUUAGGACUACUCCAAAGGUAAAUGUAUAUGGGAAGACUUAUGGUGAGAUUUCUAUAGUUGGAUCAUAUGAUUUAUUUGAGAGAUUUUUAGAUCCCAUUGUAAAUCAUAUGAGCCCAAAACAGAGAAAUAACUAUUUAAAUAAAGCAAACCAAAACUUUGUAAAAGUAAUCAAGAAAGGUCAAAAAUUCAUGUCAGAGUUCUUUAAUAAUGGAGGAGCCUUUUGCACUUUUUCUGACAUGCCAUGCCCUAACUAUAUAUACAUAAAUAUAGAUGCAAAAGCCAAACAGCUUCUAUUCUUUCCUAUUCUAAAAAAGGAUUUUCAAAAUGAAUUACUUGAGAAACCAAACCAUAGUACACUUCUAACCAGUGAAAAAGCUGAAAAAAAUUCCAUUAUAAAGCCAGUUGUUGAUUUAUUUUCAAACUUAAUGGAGUACAAGAUCAACAAACUAUCUACUAGUUCAGGUAUGUACUGUAUUGACUGUGGUGAAAUGCUUAUUGAGACUUUCCAAAAGAAUCUAUACAGGAAAGGUGAGAAUUCUGGAGAUAAAUUCUUCACUGAUGACAUUAAUAUAAGUUUUUCUAAUAUAUCUUUAUCUUUUAUGAGACAAGUAAGGCUGAUUGAUCUUUAUAUUUAUAGAGAUCUUGAAAAUAAAGGUAAAGGUACCUUUAAUGAGUUUCAAGAUCCUUGGGAAAACCCACAAGAUUACGCUGUUAGAUGCAUUCUAAAACCUCAAAGUUGGACAUUUUCUGUCUCUAAAUACAGGAGUAACCCAAUAAUAAAUACAAAUAGUAAUCUAAAACAGUUUUUGGUAAACUUGGAAUUUUCCUUGAAACUUGCUGAAGACACUAGUGUAGAAAUUAACUCCACAGAUCUUGAUAUUCACAACAUUGCAGAAAUUGUCAAUUACUUUGUCAGUUUCUAUUCUCAGUACAACUUUAUUAACUACUCACAAGUCCUUGUAAGUAAUAUGGAUGAGACGGAAUCUUUAAAAGGAGGAGGUACAGGAUCUAGUAACCAAAGCUGUUCAAUAUCAAGUUUGGAAUCUAUGGAAUCAAUAAUUGCUAACUCCAUUUCAAAGGCUGGUAAUUUUGAAUUUUUAAAGAAUAUUGAGUUUGUAUGUACUAUACCUGAUACCCGUAUUAUAAUUAAAUCUGAUAAUGUUUACAGAGAAAGACAAGGAAUGGCAAUUAAGGAUUUACCUGUAAUAAAGUUAAAUGUUUCAUUAAUUAAAGUACUAGUUUUGAAUGGAGACAAAGCUAAAUCUGGGGUUUAUGUGUCUAUAUCGGAUGUAUGCUUAUCAGGAGGGAUUUUGAACAGAAACAGCAAGCUUUUAGUACCUUUAUUUUGCCCAAUUUCGGAUACAUUUUGCAGCUUAAGUAUCAAAUUCUCUGAUUUGAAUAACAUUGAUAGGUACAAAGAUUUCACAGGUAUCCUUUUAAAUAACACUUAUAUGGAUAUUCAGAUUAAUAAUCCAAGAUUCAUUGUAUAUUGGGAUCUUUAUGGGAUCAUUUUAAAUUGGAUUAUCACUUUCUACUUCAAGUCUAUUGCAAUUCAUCUUGAAAGAAAGAUAGAUAUCAACAAGAUAAAACCAAUUUUGGAUGGUAAAAUAGAAGAUUACUCGGACACUUCCAAUAUAAAUAGCUAUCAAAUUAAAGACAUUCAUAGCCAAAGUCAAGAAGAUCAUGAACAGAAUUUCAAUUCUCAAGCAGAUCAGGACAAAAUACCUUUGGAGACAGAUAAUGAUUAUGUUAAAAGUCAAAUUAUUCAAUUCCUAUCUAUAAUCAAUCUAAAGAUUCAGUUUAAAGAUGUUGUUGCAAUUCUUCCCUGCACUCUUUCUGACCCAAUCCAGGUUGUGAUCACCGAGACAGAAGUUUCAUCUUCCUCUACAGCAGUAUCUUCUUCAGCAACCUCAUCUGCUUCUGGAAAAACUCAAACUAAUUCAGGUACAGGAUUCUCAGGAGCUUCUGUUAUUUCGGCUACUUCAGCUUUCAAGGUUGACAUUUUAAAGUCUCUUUUAGCUGUAAUAAGAUGUGACUUAAAAUAUACAUUUAAUGGCGAAUCUAUAUUUGAGAUUGAGACUAGAAAAAGUUCUCAUAGCAAGCUGAAAAGUAAUACAAUCAAAAGUACUUUUGAAAUAUUCAAAGGAAGUAUUCAAUUUGGGAGGUCUUUGACUCCCAGAUAUAUAAUUGAAGCUUUAGGGAGAAUUUCGAGGAGUCAUAGUUUGGCAGGAAGACAUGGAUUAAUUACUAGUAAUGUUUUAGUGUCUAAAGUUGGAAGUGGGGGAUUAUCAUCUAGUUAUUCCAACUUUAUACAAAAGAAGAAUGAAAAUACAUCAACAGGAGGAAGAAAUUUAAGUAUUAUAACAACUAAUUCAAAUGGAAACAACUCAAAUACAAGUCAUAAUACUGUAGGAAGUCAGUUUAAAAAGGUUUUAGGUGAAUCAAAUAUCACAAAUUUGGUGAAGACUUUCUAUUUACCUGGAACAGACCAAGCUUUAAAAAGCUUAAUAGAGAUUGAGAAUUUGAUAAACUCCUACCAGUGGCAAUUUAAUUUUGAUAUAGGUUCUGGAGAUGAGAAAAAGAUUGUUUCAUCUUUAAGAUUCAAACUUGACUAUAUAAUUAAUCAGUUAGAGAUUAAAUCUGAGAUGGAGAAUAUAAUAAUGCUUUAUGGAUUUCUGGAGACAGUUGAAAUAAAAAUAAACACUAAUGACCUUCUACAGCUGACAAAUGUGGUGGAUAUGUAUUACAAGUUGAUUCAAAGCAAUUUAUUUGUGGACCUUUCCAAUCAGAAUGGCCAGCUCGGAGGAGGAGGAGGAGGAAGAGGGGGAUUGGAAAACCAAGAUACAAUGGAAAUCCAAAGUGACUAUGGUUCCUCCAGAUACAAUGUUGGUUAUAAUUAUCAGACUAACGGUAGUUCUAUUGAGAAUAACUCGAUGAUAAAUUAUUUGGUGUACUUAUUUCCCUCAAUUUUCCAUACAACAGUUACUAAUUACAGGAAAUUCAUCUCACAAUUCAAAUUGGAGGGGCUGAAAAUUCAUUAUAUCCCAACUAACCUUACAUCCAAUAAGGAUGGUGUACUUAUAGAUGUAACUGAGACUCAGCUUGGGGUAUAUGUUAAUGAUGAAACUCCAAACAAUGAUUUUCUAUUGAAGAUUUUUCCGUUUCUAUCAGUAUUCAAUGAAAAUUCGAAAAGAUUAAUGGAUGAGUUUGAGAUCAGAGACAAAUUAUUGCUGAUCCCAAGAUUUUCCAUAAACAGCAUACCAAUUUUACCAAUUCUAGCCAAGUCAAAGGACAUAUUUUUUGGGUUAAUCUUAGAGUUUAAAAAAAUCUCAGUCUCUAUCUUUAAUAACGAGCUUAUGUUCUACGAUAAUAUUUUAGAACCCUUUGAUGUUAGUUUAUUGUCGAUAUGUAAAGGUGAAGAUAUUCAGAAGAUAUUAAAAGAAAAAGUAAGACCAAAACUUGAUAUGGAAGUUACUUGGAUGAAUUUGACAAUGACUCCAGAAUAUGUGAAAUAUUGGUUAAAUUGUUUGGAUAACUUUAAUGAGGUUUACUCAAAAUACUAUUUAAGACUGAACAACACAGUUAAACUUCUUUCGAGUAGAGUAUUCCCUUAUAACAACAGUCUUAGAAUGAUUUCCCAAGGUAUUGAUAACAUGAAGGGGAGGAAUAGUAAUGAUAUAGAGGAAAGUUUUAAAUGUCUUUCAUCUAGACCUUUAUCUGGUGAAUGGGAUGACCAUACAUUUAAUUUUAACAAUUCAAAUAAUAGGCAGAUCACUGGAGGGAUUGGCGGAAAUCUGAGUAACUUAGACUUUGUUUUAUAUAACGAUACUGGACAGACAUUGGCAGUAUUGAUUCCUUUGUUUCUUGAUGACAGCAAGAGAAACAGGGUGGGAGAAUCAUUAGAAUCAAGAAGCUCAGAUAUUCAAACAGAUCAGAGCCAGGGUAAAAGAUUAGUUACUGCUCCAGAGAAUUGUAUAAGUACUAGCAAAAGGAGAAGAAACUCAAAUUUAACUAGAAGAAGGACCGACAAGGUCAGCUCAGAGAAACCUAUAAAGGAAAAUAUCUUUGAUAAAUUGCUUGUUCGGAGGAAGUCAGCCUUGGAUACAAGAGACCUUUAUUCUCAGGAAUCAGAGAUAUCAAACAUUUCUAACAUAAGCAAAACUACUUAUAAUUUAUACUACGUCUGGAGGUACUUAAAACCUAACGACAAGAUUUCAUUUAGUAGGGACGAGUAUGGAAAUAGUUACCCAAUAGUUAUUAGAAUUCGAAUUUUGAAUGAUGUAUUUGACCUUAAUAAUAUAACUUUGGACAAAGUAAAUAUGGAGGUUGUUUACCUCGGACUAAGUGAGAGAGACCAAACAAGGAUUCCACUACUGAUAAAGACUGAUAUUAUGAAUAACAACUCUUUUUUGAUUUCAAUUUCCUCACGAGUUUUUAUCUCAAACAACACAAGUAACAUCUUAAGAUUACUACCGAACCCAAAGAAUGUUGAAGAUUUUUUGAGCUACAACUUUUUCAUCCCUCCAACGAACAGUAAACCAAUUUUAAUUUCAAAAUAUAAUAGUAAAUUCUACGAGACAAUUUCCAGAAAAUAUAUUGAUAAAAACUAUAUUAUCAGCAUUUUAGACGAAGAAAUAAACAAAACCAGCUAUAGUAGUAAUGAUUAUAUUAAUAUUUUGGUUCAAUCGAAUUUAUUUUGCAAAAAUUUCAAUUCCGACUUUUUUACUCUUUAUUUAAAUCCUAAUACGUAUACAUGCAUGCCAAUGUGGACAUCAAUACCGGUAUUGCAUGCAAGUGGCAAGCAUGAAAUGUUGAAAUUUAUUCCACUGCGGGGAGUAAUAAACAAUGUUUGGUUAGAGUCAGUUUUGAGGAGUGAUGAAGAAAAAAAGAAUAGAGUUUCUAUAAAAAUUCCGGGGGAAGGAGAGGAGGAAGAAGAGGAGGAAGUACUAAAGAAUGAGUUUAUAAUGGACAGUAGAAAGCUAAUGAAUGAUUACUCAAGAAUUUAUAAGAAUUUGUUUACUUCUUCUGAGCAGAUAAUGCAGAACAAAUGUUAUAAGAAGCUGUUUACGACCAAUACAGCUGGGAAAAAGAAGAAUUAUUUUGGAUCUAGUACUAUUCAGUUGACAAGGAGGUUGCAGGCGGGGGAUUUGAACCUUGAAGGUAUGGAAAAUGGUGUUAAUGAAAGAGCUAGUGGUAGUAGUAGUGGGUACGGUAGUAAUGGCUAUGGGAAUAACAUUAGUACUGAGAGUGGUACUGUAUCACUAUGUUCCUCGGUUUGUGAAUAUUCCAGAAGGGACACAAGAAGUAACUCUAACUCCUUCAUGUUUGUAAUAAAGUUGGAUAUUCCAUUAGUGAUAGAGAACAACUUAUUGAUUCCUAUCCAACUUUCUUUUAACAAAGAUAGAGAAAGACAUAUCAAAAUAAACGGUUCAAUUGAGCAAAUUCCCAACGAAAAGGAAGAAGCUAACAACGAUAAAGGCUGUAAUAAUGGGGUUGCUAUAGGACAAACAGGAAACUCCAACGAUAGAGUUGGCUCAGUAUUAGAGACCAGAAAAAGAAGUAAAUCAGGAGAGGAUGAGGAAGAAAGUGAGGUAGAUGACGUUUCCGAGUUAAUUGAUAGGGUUUUAUACCUAAAUGAUUCCAAUAAGUCAAAUAUAAAUUUAAAAAACAAUGAGAGAAUUCUAUUAGAAUCUUUGCCAAAUUCUGUAAGCUUGAGCAUAUUGGAUGUAUCCUUUGGAAAGUUUUUUGGAUUUUACAAAUCAUCUCAAAUUCAAAUUAACUAUAAUUCAACUAGUAAGGAGCUAAAUAAAGAGAUUCUAGUUCCUUUAAAACUGAACAAUGGAUAUAAGCUUAUGCCAAAUAAUGAUCUUACUAAAAUUAAUGGGAUGAGUGCAGUAGUAACCAAUGGAUUCCUUCCAAACUCUACCUGCAUCAAUGUUGUUUUUGAGAGAAAUAGAACCGAUUACGUAUCAAGAGAUUUCAUUCCAAGACAAAAACAGGAUUUCAAUUACUACAUGGAUAAUGCUCCUAGUUUAAAUUUCAAAAAUUCUGUUCGAAUUUACCAAGAAUCUCAGGCAAAUAAUGGCUUGGAUAUUUCUACUCCUUGGAAUGGAUAUUAUUGCAAUGCUUAUAAUACCUGCAAGGUUAGAUUAAAUGUUUAUGCUCCGUUUUGGAUUAAUAACAGACAACACGCUCCAAUCUAUAUUUUACAAAAAUCACAACUUUUUUCCAGAUUUAGAUUAGGAUCUAAUGAAUUUAGGAUUCUUCCCACUAAUGGAAAGAGUGACUUAAGUAUUGCUUUAAACCCAGAACUUUCAAGAAAGUGUCACUCUCCUUUUGUUCAUAUUGAGAGAGCCAACAUUGUUGGAACUAUUACUGUUCCUUCAAAGAAAUUCAACUCUUUAUCUAAUUAUGGAGCGAAUAAUUUAAAUUCAAAUUUAAUUAAUCAACAUAUAGCAAGGGAUAACAUUUCUGGGAAUCAUUUUGGAUUAAAACUUGGAUAUUGUGUAACAACAAUUAGCAACUUUUCCAAAUCUCCAAAUUUCAUGAUUAAUAUUUAUAACAAAUACAUUAUUGUAAAUUAUCAUAAUUUACCAAUUUGGAUUCGAGAGUCCAAUAAGUUUGGGAGUUGGGUGUAUAUCCCACCAAACAUUUCAAUUCCUUUUCAUCCUUUGGACAAUAAGGAUGUUUCUAUCAUUGAAAUUACCUUUUUGGAUCCAAAGAUUAUUGAGGAAUAUGAGAGCAAGUAUCAUAUUGGUCUAAAUAACAUCCCAUAUAAAACUUUACCUCUUUCUAUUGAUAAUUUAUAUGAUAUUCAAGUUAGACUGGUUUCUUCUUUGAAUAAUAUUCCAUUAAUUAAUCAAAAUGAAAAAGAUGGUCCUUCAAAUGAAAUUGGAAAUUUACAUUUUACUUACAUUCUUUCAUCUGUUUCUAUUUACUCUAUUAAUUCAUCCACAUCUUACCAAAUUAAUAUAUAUCCAUCUCAAAUCCCAGAUUUUUCAAUAGUAAAUGAGACUCCAUGUAACAUAUUCAUCAGGCAGCUCAAUACAUCAUGUUGGAAUCAUUUUAACCCUAUUUCUGAUUCUAACUAUGCUUUACUGGACCCUUUUGGAGACCACAUACUAGAACUAGUUGUUGGAGUUUCUUUAGAGAAUUUGGAAUUAACUAAGUUAAACAAGAAAAACCCAAUUUUACAGAGUAGAAAGGAGCAUAUUCACUUGGGAUAUCAUACUAAAAAUCAUCAUAAUCAUCACAAUCAUCAUCGUGGUUCUGUAGCAUUUAAUGGUUUUUCAUCAAUACCACUAUAUUUAUAUAAUGAUCAUAACAUUAAUUUCUGGUAUAAAAACAAGAAUAAUCUUAACCUGAAUAAGGUAUUAACUCAUUCCAGAAUUUUCAUCCCUGAAUACAACAGCAUAAUUUAUAUUGUAAUGCUUAUUGAGAAUGGUACCAGGGUAAUUAAUAUUUCAUUUGACAAUACUUUGUAUAGACGAAGACGGAAUGAGAUCAGAGCUGUGAACCAUAGUAAUCUAGCCAAUAAAAGUAUCAAGUUUGAACCAGGCUCUUAUAACUCAAAGAUCUAUCAUGAGGAAGAAUUUGGACAUGAUUUAGUUCAAAGUAAUGAUUACACCAACAUUGAUCUUGAUACUGACCUUGAAGAAGGAGUUAGUGAUCGAGAUUUGGCUAUAAAUCACAGUGGGAAGUCUAUUUUCAAAUCUCUUGGGAACAAGUUAAAGAACCAAAAGAGAUAUAGGAAUAAAGACGGCAAGUUGAAUAUUUACGAUGAGGAGGAUUAUGAAGAUAACAGAAGUGAUGAAAAUAAAGAGUAUAAAGAGAAUGAAAUGAAUCCAAGUUACAUAAGUUAUGGAUAUAAACCAAGAGAAAAUUUUACUGAGAAAAAUAUAUCUGCUUCAUCAAAUCAUAAAACUAUUAACAAUGAGACAGAAACUAACCUUGAACAUAGAAAUAUGGCAUCUUUUGAGACUUUUAAAGAUUUGGAAAUUGGUAAAGAGCAAGGUUUAAAUAGGAUUACAGCUGUUUCAUCAUUUGAGACUGAGCUUUCCCAAUUCAGUAACUCAAAUUUAUCCAGAGUGUCUUCCGGUCAAAAUCUAUUAUUGUUUGUUGAUAAGUUAAGACCCGAGACGAGAAUAUGUUUUGAAAUAAAUAUAAAAUGUGAUGGUUUUGGAGUCUCUUUUCUUUCAAAUGCAAAUAAGGAGAUAACUUAUAUGUCAUUCCAAAAAAUAGGAUUUAAGCUGGAGAACUCCAAAAUAAAUUAUAAUAAAUUUCAUAUGAGAUUCAGGAUUAUGGAGUUUCAGCUUGACAACCACAUUACUUCUUCUGCUGAAAAUACUAUAAUUAGAAAAGCAACCCCAAAUGAAUUCUUAAGACUUUCAAAACUUAAUACCCAGAAGAAAGGAGAAAAGAAGAACUCCAAACCUGAAGCUGCUUCUCCUACUCCCAAACAAAAUGGAGGAGAUGAAAAUGCUAAUAUUAUUGAUAAAAAGACUAAUGAUUUGGAGGAUGAUAUGAAUGAAAUUGAGGAAGAUAGUUACUAUGGUAUAGAGUCUCUACUCUCAGUUGGUGUGGCUACUUUAGGGGAAGUAAUAAAGAAAAAGAGUGAGAUUAUUCGUAUUCAUAACAAAUUAUUAGAAUAUAUGACACUAGGAAUUCAAGAAGGGUCAGAUUUAACUAGUAGAGAGAAAAAGAUUAAAAAGAUACUAUGUAUGAAAUCAUUUCUAGAUUUACAAUUCAGCAUUGUAAUGGAUAACACCAAUGAUAUCUCUAAUAAAUAUGGAAGUAAUGGUGUGAUUGAGAUUCCUUACCUUUAUUUUUGGAUGUAUCCUUUAAGUAUUCAUUUAGAUAUUGAUAAUUUAAAAGAAAUGGUCUCAAUUUUGGAUCAAUUAAUAAACAGAAUACUUUCUCCAACGGAGGAGUUGGAUAAUACCAAGUCUAUAUCUUUGCAGAGUUUACCUUUAGUAGAGAAUCUAAAGAAGGUUUCCAAGUAUGUUUAUAUCCAAGUGCUUUUAAUGAAUCCAAUACAGAUUUUAUGCUCAACAAGCAAAAGUACAUGGAAUAUAACAGCAAACCAAAAUGUAAACUUUACUGACUAUUAUAACAUAAUGAACAAUAUUACAAAGAUGAGUGAAAGUGAGGUUAUUGUUCGAGAAAUCAUCCCUCUGGUUCAAGGGUUUGGAAUAACUGGAGAAAAUAUUGCAAACCAAAUAGGAGGAAUGGAUUUAAAGGCUUUACUUAACUACAAGAUAAUGAGUAACUUUGGGAAUCCAUACUUGAAUUUUAAUAAUGAGUUGACUUUAAAUCAUGCUAAUAUUACAGAAAAGAUCAAAACAAGUUAUUUAGUAGGUUAUAAACAGAAUUUUGAGAAUCAAAAUAAGGAAAAAUUGGAUGAAGCAACUGGGAUGUUUUUAGCUAACGGAAUAAAUCCCAAUAAUUCAGAAAAUCAGAUUAGAAAGUCAGUUAUUGGAGUUGAAUUUGGAGGUGCUAAUAAUAUAAACGAAAAUCUUGUAGGCCAGGGUCAAAUACAAAAUAACUUAAAAAUGAAUAAAACUGGUACUGAGUUUAUAUUAAAUAUAUUACAAUGGUUAUCUUCAAUGCCAUUCUCAAAUGUACCAAUAGAAUUUAAGGGAGUGAUAAAUGAAUCAAUAUUUUUGGAUAGUGAAAAAUGUAUUGUUCAGAUUGGAAAUUUGUACAAAAAACAGAUAUUCUCCCAUAUAGGUAAAAUCAUUGGUUCCAUUGACCUAAUUGGGAAUCCAAUAGAUAUUUAUAUUCUUGUAAAAGAGGGAUUAUUAGCUUCAAAAUACCAUUUUGACCUUUACAAAAGAGCUACCAAACUUAAAGAGAAGAUUCAGGAAAAUAUUGAAAAAAAGAGGAUAAGAAAAGGUGAACUACUUACUGGGAUGAACAAUAAAACAAACAAAUUUGAUUCAAAGCAUAUCAAGGAAUAUCAAGACAUAGAAAUAAUUGAGAAUGAGUUUAAUGAAAAUGAAAAUGAAAAUGAAAAUUUAGAUAACUCAAGUAUUGAAGAAACAUCAUAUCAAGCAGAGAAAGAACAGUUGGAUGAACAAUAUCAAUAUCUUUUAGAUUUUUGCUAUGACUUAGAUGAAAAACAAAAAACUAAAGCCUAUGAUGAAGAGGUUGAAGAUUUUUUAAAAGAGAAUAAAUCAUUGGUAUUAAAAUCUAAUGCAGAGUUAAUGACAAAAUUAGUAUUUUUUUCAAUUAAGGAGAUUAUGGUAGGAUUACAUAUUCUUGUUGCAACAGGAAUUGCAGUAGCAUCUCAAGUAGUUGUAAGAAUUUCAAGUGCAAUAUUACAUUUAUUUGAGGUAACUUAUUUAUUGGAUCAAGAUUGUUUAAUGAGCAUAUGGUAUGGUACACCAUUAUUUAUGAGUAAAUAUAUGGCAGAUAAUCCAAAUAAUUUGAUUGAAGGUUUAAUUACAGGUUUAUUACGUUCUUUACUGAUAUUAAUGAGUAUAUUAAUUAAUUUUUGGCAGGUACCUAAAAAAAAAUACAGACAAAUGGGUAUUUGGGGUGUAUUUUUAGGUAUAUUUUUAGCUUUAGUGAGAAUAAUACCAGCAGGAUUUGCAGCAAUUCUUGCUUUGUUUUAUGGUAUUUCUUCAGGUGUGGUUCAAAGUUUACGUACAAAAAUUCCAGUGAGACAUAUUAGAACUGUUAGGGUAAUAUGUAAUGGAAGUCCAAUAUUACCUUAUAACCCCCAUCAUAGCAUUGCAAAUAUGAUCAUAAACUCUUUAAAACUAGUAAAUGAUGUAAAAGAGUCAAAUGUAAUUAAUUUUAUCUCUUUUAAAAAUCAGACAAAUGGAUCAUCAAGUCUGGAUAGUAAUAUUGAUAAUAUUCUGAAUAAUGAAAAAACAGUAACUAGUAGUGGGAUUGAAAAAAAAUUCCUGAUAUACAAACUACUGGACAAUAAAGAAGACUCCAGUCUGAAUCAAUAUAAUGGAAUUAUUAUAUUCAAAGAAAGCAUUUCAUUAUUAAAAUCAGGAAAAUUGGUUUGGAUGGUUCCAUUGAUAAAUAUUAUCAGAAUUAAUCUUUACAUGGUAGUAAAUAAUGUAAAUAAUAGAUCUGAAGAUAAAAACAUGAAAUUAAAUGGGAAGGGAAUUAAAGAAAUGUUUUAUAACAAAGAAAAAGCAAAAAAUAAAAAUAGAAGAGCCACAAUGUUUGAGAAUUUUCUGGAUAUUGAGAGUCAUUUUCUAGGUAUAAACAAGAAUGAAGAUGAUACUGAUGAAAAAAAUAGUAAUGAUUAUGAUCAAGGUAUUUGUAGUAGCAAUGAUGGAUGUCAAAAUCUUAAUACAAAUACAACAGAAAAAACUUAUCCUAUUUUUUAUAAUGAUAAAGAUAUAGGGUACAACAACAGUUCCUUUUCUAAAAGUUCUUUUGAAUUUCAUCUUUUUAUCAAACCAUGGAACUACUUGGAUGAUUUGAUUGAGAAUAAUGUAAACCAAAAUAAUAAAUCUUGCUUCAAGAUUGAUAGUAAGAAAGGAAAUAAAACCAGGAAUGGCCUAUUUUGUAGUUACAAACUAUUUUCAGGUAAUGGAAAAAUCAAUUCUACUGGACGUGGAAACUGGAACAGUAAUAUUAACAAAAAUGGAAAUAAUGGUAUUAGUCUCAGAAACGGGAAAAGUUUGUUUCCACAGAUGACAGGAAUAAUGCUUAAAUUUAAUAAAUGGAGGAUUAAAAGAAUGAGAAAGAAAGGAAUAAAUUUAUUUUCUGAUAAGAAAUUUAUGAAACAAUUAUUGUUGCCAAAAAAGAUUGAAAAUAUUCAAAUUAGUAAAAGAUUUACCAUUGAUGAGAAAAAUAUCAUUAAAACUAAUAAUAAAGCUUUGAAUGAAGUAAUUAUUUCAAUGGAUGAAAAUAAAGCAAUAACUAAUUUUAAUUUGAGUAAUAAUACAUUUAUUUCAUUUCCAUCAAUUCCAACCUCAUCAUUAUCAUCAAUCAAUUUAAGCCAAGAAAGUUGUUCAUCUUUUUCUACUGAUAGCCAAUUCCAACUUAGUUCCCGCAAACAAUUUUCAGAAAAAAUUAUAUUUACAGUGGAAGAUAAAGAUGAUGCAAUUAGGGUAUUUUCUAUAUUAUCAAAACAUAUUAAUUCCGAAUAA